AUGGAAAAUGUGCCUUUGAAUUCAAUACAGCGCACUAGUGAAUAUGUUGAACAGCAACACAAAUUAUUAGUGCCAUCAAAAACAGUAGUUAAUAGCUCGGACAUGCAAGUCACAAAUGAACAUGUCAGAGUUAAAGCCGAAACUUCGCACGUCUCAGAACCCACGAUUCAGGGCGUCAAACACGAAAUGAAAAUAAAUCAAAAUAUAAAUAACACCCAAUCUUUGAACCCACACGCUCAUACGUUUCAACCGGCAAAAAACAACCAAAUUGAACUAAAUGGAGCAGCAGAGUUCGCUAAAUAUCUCAUACGCAAAGAAUUGGUCAGUACUGGUUUACUGCAAUUUGAUGAUAAACCAGAAAACUUCCGAGCUUGGAAGGCGUCCUUUGUCAGCUCGACAAAAGAUCUGAAUUUGUCCGCUAGAGAGGAAUUAGACUUACUAACAAAGUGGUUGGGGCCAAAAUCAGCAGAACAAGCUAAAAGAAUCCGCAUAGUUCACACUCUUAAUCCCGCUAAAGGUACAAAAAUGAUUUGGGAACGCCUCGAAGAGUGUUAUGGAUCCUCAGAAGCGAUCGAAGAUGCACUUCUAAAAAAGAUAAAAGAGUUCCCAAGACUAACAAAUAAAGAUCCAACCAAGCUUAGAGAACUUGGUGACAUCUUGUUAGAGUUAGAGUGGGCAAAAUCAGACGGAACACUUCCAGGGCUUGCGUAUCUUGACACGGCACGAGGGGUAAGGCAAAUAGUGGAAAAACUCCCCUUCAAUUUACAAGAAAGGUGGACAGUUGUGGGCUCACAAUAUAAAGACACUUACAGUGUGCCGUUUCCCCCUUUCUCAGUUUUCGUGCAGUUUGUACAGCAACAGGCGAAAAUGCGAAAUGAUCCGAGCUUCGCCUUAUACAACAGUAACGCACAAACGUCCAGUCGCACAGAGAGGUCGACACCACACAAUCGUAAACUUGCUGUGACAGUACACAGAACAGACGUUGCAAUCGAAAAUCAGAGUGGGCCUGACCAAAAUAAAAUAGAGGAGCCAGAUUGGCAAUGCCCAAUUCACAAAAAGCCACAUCCUCUCAAAAAAUGCAAACUGUUUAGAGACAAGCCUAUGGAAGAGCGCCGCACCUUCCUCAAAGAGCAUCGCAUUUGUUAUAGGUGUUGUGGCUCAGUACAACAUGUUGCAAAAGAUUGCAAGGUGGCAGUCAAGUGUGUUGAGUGCAACAGUCCUAACCACGUGUGGGCACUUCAUCCAGGUCCCACUUCUGUUCCCAAAAAUGACGUCUCAGAAAGUUCAGUUACUGAGCAGGAAACUGCAGUGCUUUCCAUGUGUACGGAAGUAUGCGGUCAAAAUGAAAGCCCUCGCUCUUGCUCCAAAAUCUGUUUAGUGAGAGCUUAUCCAGAAGGCCAAAAACACAAAAUGCUAAAUAUGUACGCAGUGAUCGAUGAACAAAGCAAUAGGUCCCUGGCAAGAACAGAGUUCUUUAAUUUGUUUCAAAUCAAGGCCAAACCUGCUCCAUACACCCUAAAAACAUGUUCUGGAAAGGCAGAAACCUCAGGCAGAAGAGCAGCAAACUUCUUCAUACAGUCAAUGGAUGGCAAAACUGACAUCAAACUGCCUCCUUUGAUUGAAUGUGACUCAAUACUUGAUGACAGAUCAGAAAUACCAUCACCUGAGAUUGCAAAGCACCAUCCUCAUCUCUUCAGAAUUGCAGACAAAAUUCAACCCAUUGAUCACCACGCUCCAAUCCUUCUACUCCUGGGAAGAGACGUUCUCAGGGUUCAUAAGGUACGUGAGCAGAUUAACGGGCCCAACAACGCUCCCUACGCCCAAAGACUGGAUUUGGGUUGGGUUGUAGUGGGGGAGGUAUGUUUAGGCAAGAUUCACGGCAACACAGAGGUCAAUGUUUACAAAACGCACAUGUUGGACAAUGGGCGCACAACCUUUCUUCAGCCAUGUCCAAAUGUCAUUACUGUAAAAGAGGACCAUAGUGUUGGGAUUGAGCAAAACAUACUGACAAGUACAAACAGAAUGGACUCUGUAGACAUCACAGACAAGCUAGGUCAAUCUGUGUUUGACAGAGAUGAAUCAGAUGACAAGGUAGCACUGUCCAUAGAUGACAAAACCUUCCUAACGAUCAUGAAGAACAAUGUGAGCAAAAACAAAGAGAACAAUUGGGUCGCUCCUUUGCCUUUCCGCAGACCAAGGAGGAGGCUUCCAAACAAUAGAGAUGCAACCCUGAAGCGUCUCUAUUCACUUAAAAAGACUUUGGAAAAGAAACCAAAAAUGAAAGGGCAUUACAUCCAAUUUAUGCAGAAAAUGCUGGAUAAUGAUCAAGCUGAACUUGCACCGCCUCUACCUGAAGGUAAAGAACACUGGUAUUUGCCAACAUUUGGCGUAUAUCACCCGCAGAAACCAGAUCAAAUUAGAGUCGUGUUCGAUUCUAGUGCAGAGUGUGAUGGUACGUCCCUUAACCAAGUGCUAUUAAGGGGACCCGAUCUGAACAAUUCCCUGUUAGGUGUCUUGAUGCGAUUCCGGAAGGAACCAGUUGCCUUAACAGCGGACAUUCAGCAAAUGUUUUAUUGCUUUGAGGUGUGCGAAGACCACAGGGACUAUCUUCGCUACCUCUGGUUUAAAGACAAUGACCUUACAAAAAAUGUAGUGGAAUACCGAAUGAAAGUACAUGUCUUCGGUAACAGUCCAUCACCUGCUGUUGCCAUUUACUGUAUGCGCCGGGCAGCAGAGGAGGGUGAGCAAGAACACGGCACAGAUGCUAGACAGUUUGUUGAGACACAGUUCUAUGUCGACGAUGGACUUACAUCUGUCCCCACUCCAGAACAUGCAAUUGACCUGUUAACAAGAACAAAAAGUUUGUUAGCAGAAUCCAACCUGCACCUUCACAAAAUUGCAUCGAAUUGCAGCUUGGUCAUGGAAGCAUUUCCUAUGGAGGACCGUGCAAAGGAACUGAAACAUCUGGACCUUGGAGUUGAUCCCCUUCCAGUUCAGAAAAGCCUAGGACUUUGUUGGAAUUUGGAAACUGACAGUUUCACUUAUCGCGUAUCCAAUGAAACAAAACCAUUCACACGCAGAGGAGUGCUAUCGACAAUCAAUAGCCUCUAUGACCCGUUAGGAUUUGCUGCUCCUAUAAUCCUGCAGGGCAAGGCACUGCUCAGAGAACUGUCAUGUGAUGAGAAAGACUGGGACGCACAUCUUCCCCCUGAAAAAGAGCAGUUGUGGAUCUCGUGGAAAGACUCUUUGAAUGCUCUUGAGGAUCUGGAAAUAAAAAGGUGCUAUGGGCCAGGUUCAGUGAGUACUAUGCAAAGUCAUGAUUUGUUUGUUUUCUCAGAUGCAUCAACUGUGGCGAUAGGGGCAGCAGCUUACCUGCGCUCUGUGGACAGUCAAGGCCAAUAUCACGUAGGCUUCGUGAUGGGAAAGUCUAAACUAGCUCCUCGUCCGGCACACACUGUUCCUCGGCUUGAACUUUGUGCUGCCGUGCUCGCAGUAGAGAUGUACGAGUUAAUCCGAGAUGAGAUGGACAUUCAAAUUCACAAUGUCAAGUUUUUCACCGACAGCCGUAUUGUGUUAGGAUACAUACAUAAUUCUUCGAAAAGAUUCUACAUGUAUGUAGCCAACCGAGUCACACGAAUUAGGAAAUCUACACAACCAGAACAAUGGUGCUACGUGCCAACAGAGUUAAACCCAGCAGAUCAGGCGACUAGGUCACUCCAAGCUGCUGAACUCAAAAACAGUAACUGGUUCACCGGGCCAAAAUUUCUGUAUUCAAAUGACUCGCCCAAAGUCAGUCAGUUCCCACUUGUCGAACCCGAAAAUGACAAAGAAAUGCGUCAAGAAGUAAAAACGCUUACUACCUCAGUACUAGAGUCAGUGCUUGGUUCAGAGCGCUUCAAAAGGUUCUCAAGCUGGACAACAGCAUGCAAGGCAAUAUCCAGGCUCAUUCAAUUUGUUGCCCUCUUUAAGCAAAGAAAAGCAGGGUUUUCAAGUCACAUAACAAGUAUGGAAGAAUUCACUCAAGCCAAAAAUAUCAUUAUAAGAUCAGUCCAGCAGGAUGCAUACAGUGGGAUCAUUAAAAAAGUAAAACAGGGGAAAAUGAUUGGUUCAAGAAAAGAGACACUCAUGAAACUUAACCCAGUUUUGGACAAGGAUGGACUUUUGCGAAUCGGUGGGCGCCUAUCUUCUGCUGAACUUAAUGAAGAUGAAAAACACCCUCUGAUCAUCCCAUCUUCCAGUCACGUAGCCACACUCCUAGUGCGACACUUCCACGAACAGUCUGCUCAUCAGGGACGGCACAUCACAGAAGGAGCUGUCCGUAGUGCUGGGUUCUGGAUAGUGGGAGGUAAGCGGCUCGUUUCUUCUUUGAUACACAACUGUGUCACCUGCCGCAAGUUGCGUGGCAAAAUGCAGUUUCAGAAAAUGGCUGAUUUGCCUGCUGACCGAGUGACUCCAGAGCCCCCUUUCACAACAGUGGGCUUGGACGUGUUCGGGCCAUGGACAAUAGUUACACGUCGCACGAGAGGUGGCAGUGCACUAAGCAAACGGUGGGCUGUUAUUUUCUCAUGCAUGACAACUAGGGCCGUACAUAUCGAGCUAAUUGAAAGCAUGUCAACUGACAGCUUUAUAAAUGCAUUAAGGAGAUUUUUUGCAGUUCGUGGGCCAGCUAAACUUUUGCGUUCAGACCGAGGAACUAAUUUUGUUGGAGCUUGUAAAGAACUGGGCUUGGACACUGAUAAGUCAGCUACAGGAAAGUUCCUUCAAGAGAAAGGAUGUGCAUGGACAUUUAACCCACCUCAUGCAUCCCACAUGGGAGGGUCUUGGGAACGUCUCAUUGGGGUAGCUAGGCGCAUCCUGGAAGCUAUGUUGACAAAAAAUGCUCAGACCAAUCUGUCUCAUGAGAUUUUAAGCACAUUCAUGGCUGAAGUGAUGGCUAUUAUUAAUGCAAGACCUCUAGUCCCAGUGUCCACAGAUCCUGAGUCCCCAACAGUACUCACUCCAGCAAUGCUACUAACUCAAAAGGCAAGUUCCGUUUCAGCUCCAUCCGGAAACUUUUCCCAGGGUCAGUUAUAUGGGAAACAAUGGAAACGGGUCCAACAUCUGGCGGACACGUUUUGGAAAAGAUGGAAAAUGGAAUAUUUGUCUAGCUUGCAAAAACGUUCAAAAUGGACGAACAAUCAACCGAAUGUGAAAGAAGGAGACAUUGUCCUGUUGAAAGAUGCUCAAGCACACAGGAACGAAUGGCCAAUGGGACUGAUAGUUAGAACUGUACCCAGCGGUGACAAUAGGGUCCGCAAAGUUGAAGUGCGGAUCGUGAGAGAUGGCACAGCCAAAGUGUUCUUAAGACCUGUGUCAGAAAUUGUUGUUUUACUUUCAGAUAUUAACUGAAUACCGUGAUGUCAUAUGUUUCUCGUUUAAUAGUGAUAUAAUGUAAUUAUAUCAAGCGGGGAGUGUCAUGCCUUUUUGUUAAAAAGACAAAAGUAAUUCAUAAGUUAAUAAGUUAGUUAAAAUUCUAUAAGUUAGUUCAAAUGUAAAUAUUGUAGUCCAAAGAGUUCAUCUAAAAAUGAUAGCGAGUGAGACCUCGCCUUUUCCAGCAAACGUGCAUUUAUGUUGAAAGCAAGAGCAUCUGUCGCAAUUAGCGAUCUUUGUCGCCAGCCUUUUUUCCUCCUUCCAAGCAUGUUUCUCAGCGCCUGCGAGGCUUAAAACAUCGACGAACUUGCUCUGCCGGCUAAGCCUUGGCUAACCUUCGUCUUUUUACCGCAUCACAACAACAACAUACGUUAUACACACAAAUUGAGACCUCCAUAAAAUCAAGAAAAGUACGCCUUGUCUUUGGAGAGUUUCAUUUAUUGGUUCGCUGGCUGUAUAGCAACACACGUGACGUGUUGUGAGGACAGCACAGCUUUUAUGUUUAUUUCUUUACAUUUCACUUCAAAGUAAUGGCAAUUUUGUUGUGCCAGUUGAUAAUCAAGCAUUAAUUGUUACUAUAACUAAUUAAAGGUAAUUGGCUCUAGGUAAAGCUUGUCAUAAUUUUAUCGCAUCAGGCGGGUCGGCUCUCAAGCUCAAUGAGGACCAAGUCACAUCUCCAGGUCCUCCUCUGAGAACCUGGGCAAAAAAAAUAUGUGCACCCCUGAUUAUAAAUAAAGUGGUACCUCGACAUACGAAUGCAUCGACGUAUGAUUAUGAUUUUUUUCAACAUAGCCCGUAAAAUAUGAUGAAAUGCACAAAAUACGACAAUUUACGACAGCGCCACAAUUCAUUGUUCAUUGUUAUACCAAAAGACGGCAGAACGUCAGUUUUUCUUGUGAGAAAAACGUUAUGGGUCCCAAGAAGGUUAGUCCAGGUGGUAGUAGUGGUGAAAAAAGGAAGAAGGUGAAAUGGGGAAAUAGGUCUCGACGUACAUCAGGUCCAGACACAACACUGAGUCAGCACUGUUAAAAGUGCACAACAACAUUGCCCUUUCUGUGGAAAAUGGGAAACCCAGCUAUCCUUCUUUUACUAGACUUCACAGCAGCAUUUGAUACUGUCGACCAUACAGUCCUUGUAUCUCGUUUAGAGCACUUCAUAGAUAUCCGUGGUAACACUCUACAAUGGCUUAAAUCGUACCUGGAACAUAGAACCUUCUUGGUAAUGAUUGAGGAAUUUUCCUCCUCACAAACCUCUCUGUCUUGCGGGGUGCCACAAGGCUCUAUUUUAGGGCCUGUUCUGUUUGCAUUUUGUCGCCUAUCUUUAGGUUCAAUUAUAAAAAAAUUUUUUUUUUUUUUAAAUAUCUCUUUUCAUUUUUUUUCUGAUGACCUGUAGCUGUAUCUGCCCCUGGGACCCAAUGAACAAACUGCUCUCACUAAAUUGAUGGAGUGCAUAUCCAAUGUGAAAAAGUGGCUACCACAAUUUUUUUUUACAUCUUACCGAGAGCAAAACUGUUCUUUUGUACUUUUGGCACACCUUCCUUGAUAAAUGCCCUUGAACCCAACUCCCGCGCUCUGACUCCCUUCUUUAAGACACACGUUAAAAAUCUCCGAGUGAUAUUCGAUAGCAGGCUCAACUUUGAAAAAUAGAUUAGUUAUGUUGUAAGAGCAAGUUUUUUCCAGCUCUGUUUCUUGGCCAAAGCGAAGCCUUUUCUUAGUCACCACGACCUUGAAAUAGCAAUUCUUUUUUUAAGCUCAUGGCUGGACUAUUUCAAUGCACUUUAUGUUGGUCUUCCCAAGUCCUCCAUUUCUCCUCUGCAACUAACCGGUACACCUAGACGUGAACAUAUUACCCCCGUGCUAUCAUUCCAUCACUCCACUGGUUUCCAGUCCAUUUUAGAGUUGAUUUCAAACUUUUGCUGUUUGUUUUUAAUUCUAUUAAUGGCCAGGCUCCUUAUUAUUUAUCAGAGAUUUUAACCAUCCGUAACUCAGGCAGGGUUCUACCGGCCAGCUUCUUUUGCAAGUUCCCAGGUGAAGACUUAAACAGUGGGGAGACCGAUCUUUUGCAGUUGCUGCCCCCAGGUUGUGGAAUAGCCUACCCCUUGAAAUCCGCACCAUUACGAAUCUAGGCCUUUUUAAAUCUCGGUUAAAGGCACACUUUUUUAGACUCGCCUUUUCCCCAGACUAGGGUAGCCUGGUUUUAUUUCUUAGGGGUUUAAAUGUUUUCGGAUUUUAUUUAUUUUAGUUUUAUAAAAUUUUCUUAAUGUCAUAGUAUAGUACUUCCCUGCCUUUUAUUUACUGUAUCAUGAACCAUGUUUGUCAUUGUUGUAAAGCACUUUAAAGACCUUUUGGGUUUUUGUAAAGGGCUAUAGAAAUAAAUUUGAUUGAUUGAUUUGAUUGACGAUUUUGACAUACAAACCAGCUCCUGGAAAAAAAAAUAAAUUCAUAUGUCAAGGUACCACUCUAAUAUCAUGCCCCAGAUGGAGCAUGGUGAAUGACUGGAAUUUUUAAAAGAGCGAUUUUGUGAUGAAUAUAUUCAUGAUUUCAUUCAUAUUCAUCUAGAUGAGUUGCUUUUUUUAUUUUAUUUUGAACAACUAGAGAAUAGUGAGAAUAGUUCAUUUACUGGGUCCCUCAAGGUUGGAACUACAGUUGUAUUCUGCUAUUUUACUUUACGAUUCCAGACAUUGCAGGAAACAUGCUUCAGCUGGUAGUAGUUACGCAUUUAAAAACACAAAAUGGAGUCAGAGUAUGUUUAAUUAUGCACAGUCAAUCCUAACAUUAAUAUAUGCACAUAUGUAAUGUAUAUGUCUAAGUUUUACCAGUUGUUUUCUUUUUGUCUCGUAUAAAGCAUAUUAUGUUCACCUAAUGGUCAAUGUCCUCAUGAAUAAUGCCAGUUGUCUUUCCCAUGUGUGCUUUGUUUUUGGCCUGUCCUUUGCAGCUACAAUGUCUUCAAAUAUUCUGAGAAGAUUAGAAAGAAGCCUUUUACAAGGCUUAGUAAUGUUUCUGUGGGAAUUCUUUGACCAUUCUGUUGGAUGAGAAAGCUCUGUGUUCAGUUUCUUCUCUAAUUAAUACCAAUGGUGUUCUGUCAGGUUGAGGUGAAGAUUCUGCAUUCCGGUUAAGCUCAUCCACUCAAAGAAUUUGCAAUCCAUACAGGCAUGGUCCCAAAUUUGACCUUUGGGAUAAAUUAGAAAAAUAAGGAGAUCCGGGCCUAGUCAUCCAAAUAAGUGUUUGACCUCACAACGGCGCUUCUGAAAUAAUGGUCAAAGGUUCCUAUAAACACACUGGUAAUCCCUGUGAAAAGCUUUCCUAGAAGAGGUGAAGUUAUGAAAGCUGUAGAAGGUAGACAAACGUAUAAUCGAUGCAAUGUCACUUAAAUUCAUAAGCGACAUUUUAUGACUAUAUGAUAUUGAUUUUUCAACAGUAUGAUGUUUCGUCUGUCACAAAUCCAAUAGAAUGGACUUCGAUCGAUUUUAUAUGUUAUUAUUAGGGCUGUCAAACGAUUAAAAUUUUUAAUCGAGUUAAUCACAGCUUAAAAAUUAAUUAAUCGUAAUUAAUCGCAUUUCAAACCAUCUAUAAAAUAUGCCAUAUUUUUCUGUAAAUUAUUGUUGGAAUGGAAAGAUAAGACACAUGACGGAUAUAUACAUUCAACAUACUGUACAUAAGUACUGUAUUUGUUUAUUAAGACAAUAA